AGCCACUGACAAGUCCUUGUAACCCACAGACUGACCUCCCUCUAGGAGCUCAGCUGCCUGGAUGAUGACACUUUGCUGGGGGCAAAAGGGAAUCUUGGCUCAACAUUGUCCUGACCCCCCAGGAUCCUGUCUCCGCCACCCAAGGCUUUGUCCGGGGAGAUAAUCUGUGCCUGAGCCCACACCUCCCUCACCCGCAGCCAUGGACGCCGCUCUGCUCCUGAACGUGGAAGGGGUCAGGAAAACCAUCCUGCACGGAGGCACGGGGGAUCUCCCCAACUUCAUCACGGGGUCCCGGGUGAUCUUCCACUUCCGCACCACGAAAUGUGACGACGAGCGGACGGUGAUAGACGACAGCAAGCGCGUGGGCCACCCCAUGCACAUUAUCAUCGGGAACAUGUUCAAGCUGGAGGUCUGGGAGGUGCUCCUGACGUCCAUGCGCAUCGGCGAGGUGGCCGAGUUCUGGUGCGACUCCAUCCACACAGGGGUCUACCCCAUCCUGUCCCGGAGCCUGCGGCAGGUGGCGGAGGGCAAGGACCCCACCGAGUGGCACGUGCACACGUGCGGGCUGGCCAACAUGUUUGCGUACCACACGCUGGGCUACGAGGACCUGGACGAGCUGCAGAAGGAGCCACAGCCUUUGAUCUUUGUGAUAGAGCUGCUGCAGGUCGAGGCCCCGAGCGAGUACCGGCGGGAGACGUGGAGCCUGAGCAACGAGGAGAAGCUGCAGGCGGUGCCCGUCCUCCACGGGGAAGGGAACCGGCUCUUCAAGCUGGGCCGAUACGAGGAGGCCUCCACCAAGUACCAGGAGGCCAUCGUGUGCCUGCGGAACCUGCAGACCAAGGAGAAGCCCUGGGAGGUGCAGUGGCUGAAGCUGGAGAAGCUCAUCGACACCCUGACCCUCAACUACUGCCAGUGUCUGCUGAAGAAGGAGGAGUACUACGAGGUGCUGGAGCACACGGGCCACAUCCUGCGCCACCACCCAGGGCUCCUCCCUUCUCCCCGGAUGAGUGGGUUCUCCCCGCACCAAAGCAGUUCUCCGUCACGCCAGCCGGAUGUAUUCCAGUGUAACCCGCUUCUGACCCUGCGCACCUGGAGACGGCCUCGGAUCCCACGGGGUCUCCUAUUAGGGGCAGAACCGAUCAUCACUCAAUUUCCAGGCCUUCUCCAGAGAACAGAGGAUGAGACUGAAAAUUCUAAGCUUUUAUUCAUAGCUUGGUCUUUCUGGCGACCAGCCCCCGUCCAGGAGCCACCAGGAGUCACCUCCUUAGGACAAAGGACGUUCCUAUCACCCAGGCAAUGCCGAAGGAUUUAGGAGUUCUGUGCCAGAAACAGGGGCAGAGACCUACACAUGUGUCUGUCCUGUUAUUUCACACGUCGUCUGCCCCAAGUCUUGAAGGUAACGAGUGUGUUUUCUCUGGAACUUCUGUGGCUCUGGCACUAACUUUAAGUCUAUGCUGGGUCUACGUUUUAGACU